CUAUUGAAAAUGAGAGUGGAUGUACAAAAAAGAUUCCUUCUCGUGUCUCUCUCGAGAUCGACUAUAAUUAUCCCCUUUUAGUUUCUCCUUUUUUUGUAUGAGCACUCUUCACUCUUAGCAACCACGAGCACAAGAAAACAUGAGCGACCCUAGCGGCCAAUCUUCAACAACGACUGUCGGUGGAAGCGGCGGCGGCAGCGGUAGUAACGGAGGAAGUGGUGGAAGUGGCGGUGGAAGCGGUGGCUCCUUUGGGAAUCAGCCGAGGAGAUCAAAGGUGAGGAAGCAAGUGUGGGCUGGAGUUCUCGGCAUCUCCUCCGACUCCACCAACAAUUAAUAGUUUUUAAUUCUUUCUUUCUCUUUUCACCUAAAAAAUAUGUUUAGUGAAAAAUGGUGGUGGUAAUUACUAUGCUUGAUCAUCGUUCAUGUUAACUGUGUCUAAAUAAAUAAACAAGCAAGAUAACUAGACCAUCAUCA